AGAAGCGAGAUACAUUGUCCAUUUUGUGCACAUAGACGGGAUAUACACCAAAGUGACAGAGGGGAAAAUAGGCGACACAACUGGGCUUUGAGACCUCCCUAACCUGGCCUGGCCAUGGACGAACAGGCAGGGCCCGGAGUGUUCUUCAACAAUAACAACAACUCGUUGAUAGCCAGCGUCGUCGGUGGGAAAGCACCACAGACCGGCGACGGCGGGGGCGGCGAAGCGGCUAGGGCGCAGUACAGUAUCCCGGGGAUACUGCACUUUCUGCAGCACGAAUGGGCCCGGUUUGAGGUCGAAAGAGCGCAUUGGGAAGUGGAACGGGCAGAAUUGCAGGCUCAGAUUGCCUUUCUGCAGGGGGAGAGGAAGGGCCAGGAGAACCUGAAGAAGGACCUGGUGAGGAGAAUCAAGAUGCUGGAGUACGCCCUCAAACAGGAGAGGGCAAAAUAUCAUAAGCUCAAGUAUGGCACAGAGCUGAACCAGGGUGAUAUGAAGCCCCCCAGCUACGACUCAGAUGACGGGAAUGACACAGAGCUUCCGGAACCCCCAAAUAGCCAGCUGAGCUGGAAGCAGGGACGCCAGCUGCUGAGACAGUACCUGCAGGAGGUGGGCUACACGGACACCAUCUUGGAUGUGAAGUCCCAGCGGGUGCGAGCGCUGCUGGGUUUGACCGGGGACGUGGGGACAGCCGAGCGGACGGCCGAGCGCUGCGCCGACAGCAGCAUGGUGAACGGCACCGAGCCCUCCUCCCCUAAAGAGGGCGCCAAAACGGGGAAGCUGGAGAUGUCAGACUCUGCCACAGUGCUGGAGGCCUUCAAGUUCAUCGAGAGUGCGGCGGCCGAGUUCAGCGAUGAUGACGAAGACGACGACAGCGAGGGGCGAGAGAAAACCAUCAUGGACCUGGCCACGAUGGUGAGGAAGAAAGCGGCGGCGUCUCCGUCCCCCUCCUCCUCCUCGCCGUCCUCGUCGGCGGACCUGAGCGAUGACCCCGACACGGAGGAGGUCAUGAAGGGCUUCGACUUCCUGACCAGCGCCGACGAGGCCGACGGAGCCGCAGACCCCACCGGGGCCGACUGGGAGAAGGAUGAGCAGAGUCCGGGGGAGGCCUGGGAGGUGGACCAGGGCCUGAUCACGCGGCUGAAGGAGCAGUACAGGAAGGAGCGCAAGGGCAAGAAGGGGGUCAAGAGUUCACUCUCCCAGGCAGCACACCAGUGCUUCAGUAUGGCUCAGAUUGCCUUUCUGCAGGGGGAGAGGAAGGGCCAGGAGAACCUGAAGAAGGACCUGGUGAGGAGAAUCAAGAUGCUGGAGUACGCCCUCAAACAGGAGAGGGCAAAAUAUCAUAAGCUCAAGUAUGGCACAGAGCUGAACCAGGGUGAUAUGAAGCCCCCCAGCUACGACUCAGAUGACGGGAAUGACACAGAGCUUCCGGAACCCCCAAAUAGCCAGCUGAGCUGGAAGCAGGGACGCCAGCUGCUGAGACAGUACCUGCAGGAGGUGGGCUACACGGACACCAUCUUGGAUGUGAAGUCCCAGCGGGUGCGAGCGCUGCUGGGUUUGACCGGGGACGCAGGGACAGUCGAGCGGACGGCCGAGCGCUGCGCCGACAGCAGCAUGGUGAACGGCACCGAGCCCUCCUCCCCUAAAGAGGGCGCCAAAACGGGGAAGCUGGAGAUGUCCGACUCUGCCACAGUGCUGGAGGCCUUCAAGUUCAUCGAGAGUGCAGCGGCCGAGUUCAGCGACGAUGACGAGGACGACGACAGCGAGGGGAGAGAGAAAACCAUCAUGGACCUGGCCACGCCCGGUCAACCCCCCCUCACGGCCCCCCAUCCCACGCCUCAACGAGCACGAGCUGGGACGCACCGACGAAGUGGAGGCCAUGACGUUCCCUCCGUCCUCGGGGAAGUCGUUCAUCCUGGGCCCUGACGAGGGGGAGCAGAGCGAUCUGGUGCUGGGAGAGCUUGCCGGCCUCACCGUGGCCAACGAGGCCGAGAGCCUCGCCUACGACAAAGAGAGCAGUACCAGCAGUGCUGAGGCCACACUACAGAUGUCCAGUAGUCAGGACCUGCGUAAGACGUGGAGCCCCAAGUUCACGCUGCGGAGCCACUUUGACUGUGUGCGCGCGCUGGCCUUCCACCCCGUGGAGCCCGUGCUGGUCACCGCCUCCGAGGACCACACGCUCAAGAUGUGGAACCUGCACAAGACCGCGCCCACCAAGAAGUGUGCGGCCCUUGAUGUGGAGCCCAUCUAUACGUUCAGAGCACACAGGGGUGCGGUUCUGUGCGUGGUGAUGAGUUCUAGUGGAGAACAGUGCUUCAGCGGCGGAAUCGAUGGAACCAUUCAGAGCUGGAACACGCCCAACCCCAACAUUGACCCCUACGACUCGUAUGAGGCGUCGGUGUUGCGCGGCGCUCUGAUUGGCCACACGGACGCAGUGUGGGGCGUGGCCUACAGUGCGGUGCACCAGCGGCUGCUCUCCUGCUCCGCCGACGGCACCGUGCGCCUCUGGGACGCCAACGCCACUGCGCCCGCCCUCGCCACCUUCAACCAGGACCAGGACAUGGGCAUCCCCUCCUCGGUAGACCUGGUGUGUAGUGAACCCGCUCACAUGGUGUCGGCGUUCGACAGCGGUCAGAUCGGCAUCUACAACAUGGAGACACAGCAGCUCCUGCUCAAACUGGACACGGAGACGGCAGGGGAGAGUGAUGUGUCCUCACACAUCAACAAAGUGCUCAGUCACCCCACGUUGCCCAUCACCAUCACUGCCCAGGAAGACAGACACAUCCGUUUCUACGACAACAACACAGGUAAGCUCAUCCACUCGAUGGUGGCCCACCUGGACGCAGUGACCAGUCUGGCAGUGGACCCCAAUGGCCUGUACCUCAUGUCCGGCAGUCACGACUGCUCGGUGCGGCUGUGGAACAUGGACAGCAAGACGUGCAUCCAGGAGUUCACGGCGCACCGCAAGAAGGAGGAGGAGUCCAUCCACGCCGUGGCGUUCCACCCCACCAAGUGCUUCAUCGGGAGCGCCGGGGCCGACGCCCUCGCCAAAGUCUUCGUAUGACCGCGCACACACACACACACACACACACACACACACACACACACCUCUGCUGAGGACCGGCUGCUGGGCGGCUCCAGGGGACGAGGUGGAGGACUGGCUCAGCGGUCAGACAGGACUGGACUGAAGGGGAGUGGAGUGAGUGGGACGCGCAGCUGAAGACGCCUUCACAUGUCGACACACACACACACACACACACAGGCAUCUACACACACACACAUGCAUACAUACACACACACACACACACACACACACACACACACACACACACACACACACACACACAGGCAUACAUACAUACAUGCACACAUAUACACACACACACACAUACUGGCAUUUAUGCCUUUUUACACUCCAUGUCCUUUCGUGUUUGAAUUUCAUCUGACACACACACACACACAUGCACGCACACACACACACACACACCUCAUCCAGGCAGGCCUGGUAGGCUCAGUGGAUUCUGAACUCUUUCUCCUCCUCAAGUCAGCAGAGACCCUGCUCAGACUCACACCCUCAUGCAUGGACUCCAGGCUCGGAUGAUGCAUGUGUGUGUGUGUGUGUGUGUGUGUGUGUGUUUGAGAUGCCAUCUUUCAUCUCUCUCUCUCUCUCUCUCUCUCUCUCUCUCUCUCUCUCUCUCUCUCUUUCUCUCUUUCUCUAUCUCUCUCUUCCUCUCACACACACACUGAAGGUGUUCUGGGACAGAAUACAUGAUAAGCAAACGUAUGGACACUCCUAUAUACACACAAACACGCCACACACACACACACCCACACACACACACACACACACACACACCACACACACCACACACACACCCACACACACCACACACACACCACACACACACACACACACACACACACACACACACACACACACACACACACACACACACACACACACACACACACACACACACACACACACACACACACACACAGGUCUCCUCCUGUUUCUCUCCUGUUUAGUAGCCUCACCCAGCGGGGUAGAGGCUGAGGCCGGACUGGCAUUGUCUUAACAACUUCUCCACCUCAUGAUGAGUCCCAGGUUGCCCACUUCCUGUUUGUUUGUUUGUUUGUUUGUUUGUUUGUUUGUUACUUUGUUCAUAGAUGCUAUAGUCUAUGUCCAUACCACCAACACCAUGGAAUCUUGGAGAUCUUUGGUACUCUCAGACCCCAAGACUUACUGUGCCCAGUCCGAUCUGCUUGGGCUGGUGGUGAUUUGGCAGUGCUGGUGGUGGUUUGGCGGUGGUGGGGGUAUUUGUGUGAUGUUUUAUGACUUACGUGCCUUCGCAUCACAGCUGUGUCCCAUGAAUCCAUUGGUGGGCUCAUAGAAAUGUCUCUUUUUAAUUUAUUUUAUUAUUUUUUUAUUAUUAUUAUUAUUUCAAAAAGGCUCCCUCAAAUAUGCUUAAAUACAAUUUGCAUAUGAAGACGAUUGACAGCUAAACAUACAUUUCGACGUGGAUAUUUGACAACAGCAACAAAAAAAACCCACAAAACUUCUGUCUUCUCUGUAUCAUCUGCAGAUGUUUUUACACAAUUACAUUUACAUAUGUGAGAUGCCGUCAAAAGGGAGCAUGUGCACGACUGAUAUAUACAUGACUUAACAUAAGUCGCUAAGCGGUUCGACCGAUCCUUUCCUACCUAACCAGUCAGAGACUCUUGAUUGACCUCUACUUUGCUAAAAGCAGCUUGUUAAACAAAAAUGCCACCACUCACGUACAGUUCUAGUCCCAAAACUUGAUUUUGGAUGAACUGCCUUUUAAGUUUUCUUUUUUUCAGUCAUGCAGGAUGUUUUAUUUUUCUAUUUUCUUAGAUGCUUAUUGAAUUUUGAAGGAUGCUUUCUGCACUUUGCGUUGAUGUACAUUUCCCUACGUUAGCUACUUCAGCCAAAAACAAAAACACACAUCAAGUCGUUUCACCAGUCGACAGCUCCCACUCAAGGCUUCAAGCUGCUGAAUUCUGUUCUUUGAUUCAACACUUCUUUGCUGACAUUGACGUUACGGUCUGCUGUCUCCAGAGAAGGAAGUCUUAUGGAGGAUAAAAUGAUGUCUCGAUGUCCUUUCGUUUUACUUUUGGUCUUAACUCUUAGAAUCCAUUGCACUUAUGAGGUGCACUCAUAAAGAAGAACAAACGUAAACCCUUGACUUAAAAGGGAAUGGUUUAGUUUCUAUAUGUUCUAUAUUAAAUAAUUAUUUUGAAAAGUAUAUAUAUUUUCUAAUAACUAUAAUUGGGUUGUGAUUGUUUUUAUUUGUGUUGAUGUUUUUGUUUCUGUGAUUUUACUUGAAAACGAGGUGUCAGUCCUCUUUAAGGCCUAUAACUACUCACUCCAAAGAUGGAGUGCUGUCUUAUCAAGACUCGUCUUCUGGAAUGCCUUCACGGGGAGUUAGGCUGAGCGAUCAAACUUACUUAAUAUGGCUGUCAAAAAUUCACUCCACUCACUUUUUUUUGUCUUGUUGGUUUUACUUCCAGAUUUUGCUUGACAGUCAGCAGUUUUGGAAGCAAAAUCUGGAUGUCAGACGUAUAAGGCAUUUUCUAUCAACUUUGUUUUUUUUUUUGCUAGAAUAUCUUUUCCGGUUACAGUUCUGUAAAAAAAGAGAGAAAAAGUUGAUUUUCUUUCUUUCUUUUUUUUCCAUACUCAAGGCUCUUAACUAUGCUGAUAUAUCAGCAUGAAGGAAAAAUCUAUGGCUGUCUACCAAAUUCAGUGAUCUUGAAAUGUGUGGUUUUGAAGCCUCUAUACACUACAAGUUCAAGGCAAAGUGAAAUAACUGACUUUAAAAGUGUAUGCUUGUGAACGCUACAAUAGGAAGUCAUUUUCACGUGAUUUCUUUGAUUAGGUCGUGGUAGUCAUUUCUAGUCAAGAACGUGAAAUAGGCUAUCCAAUAGAAUAUGUAUAGUUCAACAGAAACAUCUAUUUAUAACUUCAAGAAAACGAUGUACAUUGAAUCGUGACUAUAUAUAUAUUUUUAUUAUUAUUUGACGUGUGAUGGAGUCAGUUUAGUUCACUAUAAUGUUGCGCUUGUAGUGAUUAAAAACAUGCAAGUUUCAGUGACCUCUCAUUACUAAUUAACACCUGGGAUGAUAGCUCCCUCUGCUGGUCAGAAAGGGGAAGCGUAAACGACAGGAGUGGUGAUGUGCUUUGCUCUGAUAGUAGAUACAGUUCAAUGUUAUUGACCGAGUCUUUUUAACCAAGUGUGUUUAUCGCUUGCGGAUGUUUUGAAGUGACGCACAGAAAUGGUAGGCCUACUGAUGAACCCAGUUCAGAGAAUUGUUAUCGAGGGAAAGUAACUGAUAUGUGUGUGUGUGUGUGUGUAUGUGUAUAAAUAUAUAUACACACAAGAGCAAAAAGGGUCUCUCUCUAAAGUCACUUUGGAAGUUUUGACUGGUGGUGUUGCAUGCAAGCACUACAGACAUAUUCAGACAGGUUUGUGUACAGAUAACAAUUUAACUAAGGAUUCAGUUCAGCAACUAACAAACAUCUGGUGUAGUCCCAGAUAUGCAUCUAAAGGGAAGGUCAGUAUGCUUUUUUUGUAAUUCAUGGUCGUGUAGAAAGUUCAGGGAGACCAUGUCAAGUUGGGUCAAAAAGAAAAAAAAAGAUUUUUUGUGUACAUAUUUUAUUGUAAUAAUAAUUGUUAUUAUAGUGUCUUCUUUUUCAUCAUUAUGUAUUAUGCUCUUUUUUCUGAGACGGGAGAGUGACAUUUAUCGAUAACAACAAUAAAAAGAAUAUGUUGUA